UGAGAAUAGUCUCCCUCAACAUCAAUAUUCUGUGAAAGAAAAAAAAAAACCAUCAAUACUCAGUGCAACUUAGAGAAAGACGAAGUGGUGUUGAGAAAAUAAAAACUGGCUUCCUAGUUAUCGAUAGUCCGGCGCUGUUGCAGUGAGCACUAUACUGCUGCUGAGAGUGAGACUUGAGAGACGUUCUGUGGGAGACUGAGAUAAAAAAUAGAGCAUUAUUUUUAUAUGUGAAAAGUGAAAGCCUAGCCAUAAAACGUAGUCGUUUUAUGCCUCUUUUUUUAACAACCCUGUGAAGUGAAUCGGCGCCGUUUCACUAUCUUCUUUUGUUUUGUUUUUUAACACCCAGAGAAACCGAAACCAGGUCCAGGACUUCAACGUUUCACUAUCUUCUUUUAUUUUUUAACAACCCUAAAACCCUAAAACCCCCAAAAUUGAAAAAUGCUCAUCAUCCUCUUAUCCAAAACCACCAAAGCCUUCAGACCCAAAACCCCAAUUCCCAAAACCCUUCAACCCCUACUCUCAAAUGUCACUCCCACAAGACCCAUGUCUCAAUCCACCUCCAUCCCUAAAAAGCUUCAGCGUGUACGUGACCAUGGCUACGACAACUACAUGGAAGUCGAGAAGAAAACCCGCAAAGUCCUGAAAUUUCAGGACCUCAUUCUCUCCCAACUCAACCACACCCUCCCAAUCUCUCGCCUCGACCUCCUCUCUCGCCGCCUCGGCUUCAAACAACACGAAGCCGGCGCUUUCGUCCUCAAGUUCCCUCACGUUUUCGAGAUUUACGAGCACCCGGUUCAGAGAAUCCUCUACAUUCGACUGACCCGGAGAGCCGUUCUGCAAAUUCAACAGGAAAAGCAAGCUCUCAUUGCUCAAGUCCCCGACGCUGUGACCCGCCUCCGGAAGCUCAUAAUGAUGUCCAACACGGGUCGAUUGCGCCUUGAACACGUGAGGAUUGCUAGGAAAGAGUUGGGUUUGCCUGACGAUUUCGAGUACUCGGUAAUUCUCAAGUACCCUCAGUAUUUUCGAUUAUUUGAUGCUAAAGAAACUAGGAAUAAGUACAUUGAGAUUGUUGAGAGAGACGAGAGUUUAGCUGUGUGUGCUAUAGAGAAAGCUAGGGAGAAAGAGUACAGAGAGAAAGGUGUUGAUGCCGAGGAUAUAAGGUUUUCGUUUAUUGUGAAUUUUCCGCCUGGGUUUAAGAUUGGUAAGUAUUAUAGGAUUGCUGUGUGGAAAUGGCAACGUGUUCCGUAUUGGUCGCCUUAUGAGGAUGUUUCGGGGUAUGAUUUGAGGUCUUUAGAGGCGCAGAAGCGUAUGGAGAAGAGGGCGGUGGCAACAAUUCACGAGUUGUUGUCAUUGACAGUGGAGAAGAAGAUUACAUUGGAGAGGAUCGCGCAUUUUAGGAUGGCGAUGAAUCUGCCAAAGAGGUUGAAGGAGUUUCUUCUUCAGCAUCAAGGGAUAUUUUAUAUUUCGACAAGGGGGAAUCUAGGGAAGCUGCAUACGGUUUUUCUUAGGGAGGCAUAUAAGAGGGGUGAGUUGGUUGAGCCAAAUGAUUUGUAUAUUGCAAGGAGGCAGUUGGCCGACUUGGUGUUGUUGAGUCCAAGGAAGGCAAAGGUGGAUAGAGAAUUAGUUAAUUAUAGAAGAGAUAGAGAAGAUGAUGAAAUGGUACAAGUUAGAAAUGAGUUUGUGGAGAAUGGUUCUCAAAGUUUUGCAGUUGGGGACAAUGUUAAAAAAGAUAGGGAAGGGGAGGAUGAUUUGGACUCAGAUAUCGUUUCUGACGCUGGCUCUGAUUAUAGUGAUGAGGAUGAUGAUUGCCUUGAAACUUUGGAUGCAGAGGAUGUCCAUUUAACCGAGUGACUGAAAUAAAGCUUGUGGCUUAAUGAUUAUUUUGCAUAUUGUUAGUUGUAGUCAAUUCCUAUUUCAAGGCAACAUGAUCCUUUAGAGGGUGGAAUUGUUGCUUUUGGUGGAUCAGAUGGUGUCAUAAGAGUCCUUUCAAUGAUAACAUGGAAGGUUGGCUGUUUUUCAUGUUGUUGGUCUAUCACAUUCAGAUUGAGUGUUUCUUUCAUUCUGUGAUAAUACUAGUUUCUUGCAGCUUGUGCGACGGUACACAGGAGGUCAUAAAGGAUCAAUUUCUUGUUUAAUGACCUUCAUGGCUUCUUCUGGUGAGCUGUAUCAAUCUGGAAAAUUAUUGUUUCAAGUAGUUGCUCAUGCAGUCAUGUAAGUUUAUUCAGGUGAUCAUCCUUCUUGUUCAGAGUCCUCACAUUCCGAUUUGGGAAGUUGUGCUAAAAUGAGACUGCAGUACAUUAGAUUCUGCCACCAAAUGUGUAAACUUGGUCAAAUAAUUCACAGAAAUCUGCAAAAACAGAUGUUAUAUUUGAUUUGAUUGUCUUAAUGAUGUAAAUUUUACACUUUAAAAGUAAGCUAAAGUUGGUUUGAAAUCUUACUCUCCUUUGAAUGUA